GCGGGGCGGUCAGGAUGCAGCAGAAGCUGCUGCGGAGCGCGCACUCCAUCGAGCUGGGCGGCUACCAGUACUGGCCGGUGCUGGUGCCCCGCGGCAUCCGCCUCUACACCUACGAGCAGAUCCCCGUCUUCCUGAAGGACAACCCUUACAUCACCGACGGCUACCGGGCCUACCUGCCCUCCCGCCUUUGCCUCAGGAGCCUCUUCAUCCUCUCCAACGAGACCGUCAACAUCUGGAGCCACCUGCUCGGCUUCGUCCUCUUCUUCACGCUGGGGAUCUACGACCUGACGGCCGUUCUGCCCGCCGCCGGCGCCUCCCGGGAGGACUUUGUCAUCUGCUCCGUCUGCCUCUUCUGCUUCCAGGUCUGCAUGCUCUGCUCAGUUGGGUAUCACCUGUUCUGCUGCCACCGCUCCGAGAAGACCAGCCGGCGCUGGAUGGCCUUGGACUACGCAGGCAUUUCCAUUGGGAUCCUGGGCUGCUACGUGUCUGGGGUGUUUUAUGCAUUUUAUUGUAACAAUUACUGGCGUCAGGUGUAUUUAAUCACUGUGCUGGCAAUGAUCUUGGCAGUGUUUUUUGCUCAGAUUCACCCCAGUUACCUCACCCAGCAGUGGCACAGGCUGCGUUCCAUCAUCUUUUGCUCAGUGUCUGGAUAUGGAAUUAUUCCCACCAUCCACUGGGUUUGGCUCAACGGCGGCGUCGGGGCAUCUAUUGUACAGGAGUUUGCUCCACGGGUAGUUGUCAUGUACUUCAUCGCUGCUGUAGCUUUUCUCUUCUAUAUUUCCAAAGUUCCAGAGAGAUACUUCCCAGGACAGCUGAACUACCUCGGCUCAAGCCACCAAGUGUGGCACAUCCUUGCAGUGGUGAUGCUGUAUUGGUGGCAUCAAUCCAUGGUGUACAUCAUGCAAUACAGACACAGCAAGCCCUGUCCUGAGUACAUCACAGACUUGUGAGUGAAGAGGCAUUGCCAUGAAAUUCCUGACUUCGAGGGUCUGAUGAGCUAUGAAGUUAAGCACUGAGGCAGUUGCCUUUCUGGAGGUCUGGGCUGUUCCCUGCUUUCUGGGAUGAUAAAGAGUUUUGAAAAUACCGACAGCAUUGCCCAGGAUCUGACCUUCAUUUCCUGUUCUGCAAUCAAGUACAAAACAGGACUCCCUGCAGUGGGACAGCAGAGAGGUGGGCUGUGGGACUCAGUGUUGGGAUCACAGCAGCAUUUGUUUGGCUUGGGAAUCACAACAGAAGUAAGAACCUUUGCAAAGCUCAUGCAUGUGCAUAAUUAAGAAACAGCUCCUGACAGGGGGCUUGUAGAGUUACUGUGGGACCUGGUUUGGGAUCUAAACCACAGCUGGACUGCACAUUGGAUCCUUCAGCCUUUGGCUGAUGUGCUUACACAUCAGCAUUGUGACACUAACAUAUAAAAUUGCAGAAUUGCCUUGGUUGGAAAAGACCUUCAAGAUCAUCAAUUCCAACUGUUAACCUAACGGUGACAAGUCCUUAACUAAACAAUAUCCCUAAGUACUAUGUCUGUAUCACUCUUAAAUACCUCCAGUGGACUCUUUUUACUUCCCUGGACAAGCUCUUUUUCUGGAAGGUAAAAGCACGUGUCAUCCCCUAUGACUUUCUCUUCCUUUCAGAUCUUAAAAAAUUGCCCCCUUCUCCCAAUAUGGGCAGUGCCAUCACUUCAAAUACUUUGUCUAGAUUCCUCUGGCAAUUUGGAAUUAGUAUUCUAAAAUAUUUCAGGAGUAGCACUAAGCCUGUAUGUUCAUGUUUGCUACUAUCUUGCAAACAGUGGAGCUGCUAAGAAUUUUUUUUAAAGUGACUUUUGUUUAAUGGGAGGAAAUAACACCCCCCAAGUAGUGAACCUGCCGUGGAUUCAAAUCACUGAACUUUGGCCUUUUACUUUGUGCUGUGUUGUACUGUACCUGCAGACUUUGUUCCUGAAAGGGACUGAUGGCCACAAGAUCCCCACAGGAAAAAGGCUGCCCUGUGUUUGAGAAUCCGUCCUGAAACCAUCUCUUACAACCUCAAUGCUGGGGAGACAAAAUGCACAGAUUAUUAAAUAGCUGUAGCUCAGCAUGAUUAACCUCAGUGGGUGCCAUUUUUUCAAACAGGAUUGUAGCUAGCUGGAAUUUUUGGGUUAGAAUCAACAUUUUCUGAGUGGCUUCCAUGUAGCAGCUGUGCUCGUGUUUACAGCAGCGUUGAGCAGCAGCAGGUAACACUGCUGCUUUGCUUGCCUCAAGAUGCUGUUAUGACUUAAUCCCAACUGGUUCAAUUUUGGGGCCAGAGCUGUUGAAGAACGUGCCUGCAUCUGCACAGCUCACAUUGGAGAGGAGAGACAUCCCAACACCCCUCCUUGGACCACAGGCCAAACCUUCUGUUCAGGGUUACAAACUGUCCAAGCUGAUCACACUUCAGCCCCACCUUACCCGCAGCCUUCCACAGGGGCCUUCCUGGCUUCUUCUCUCCUGGCCUCGUGACAACCAGCUCAGCACACACCAGGGGAGCCUGGCAAGGUUUCAAAGCCCUCAUCUUACCCCCCAGGCCAGCUGCAGCAGGCACGAGAAGCCUGUGAUGAAAUGUGGGCCUUGCUAAUGCUGCUGUGCUGCUGCCACUCCUCUCGGGCAGGGUUUCCCCGGGAUGGGGUGUAGAGUACACAGAAGGGGAGAGGCUGGCUGCUGCCAGUGCCCUCCUUGGGGUGGGCAGGCUGCUCCCUGGGCCUGGCCCUGGGCCAGGAGUGUCCUAAGGAGCUGGGGGACAGUGAUGGACACAGGCUGCAGGGCACCAGUUCCCUGUGCUGGGAGUGAUGCUGCCUGGCUGUUAAGUAGAGGGGGUGGGCUUGGCUUAUUUUGUUUCCCCAACUCUACUAACAAGUAGUGGCAAGAACUGACUUUGCAUUUAAGACUCAACUCCCAGACCUUUGGGCCUUUCAGUGUACACACCGUUUUGGUUUUUUGUUUUUUUUUUUUUUUUUCUUCUUUUAAACUUGACAGCCAAGCAAGUUUCAAAGUGCACUAAUUAACUACUACUGAAGCCUGACAAGGAACCUGUGAGUAUUUAAGUUUGUUUCCAGUGUUGUGUGGACAAUACUAUUUGAAGAAUGUGUGUUUGUGUACUGAAAGCACACUUGACUUUCUAGUUUGCUAAUGUAUUGGUUUUUUUAAUGUAAACUAACUACUGUAGCAGUUUCCACUGGGUAAGGAAACUGGCUGCAAAGCUCUAUGCUUUUAUUACCCUGACAAAAUUUAUCAAGCUGCAUGAUGGUCUUCUAUGUAUAUACUGAACCUGUAAAUAAAUUUCAGUUCAUUUGCUGUUUA